AUCACGUUAUUUCACCUCGCGCAUGUCCCGCCUCAGACGGGUACGGUAUUUCCGCCAAGAUGGUUGUCGGUGCCUUUCCAAUCGCGAAAUUGUUCUAUUUGGGCGUACGGCAGAUGAGCAAGCCUGUGGCAAACAGGAUAAAAGCAGGGGCACGGAGAAGCGAAUUUUUCAAGACUUACAUAUGUUCACCUCCGGCACAACUUUACCACUGGAUAGAAAUGCGGACCAAGAUGAGGAUCAUGGGAUUUCGGGGCUCCACGAUCAAACCUCUUAAUGAGGAAGCGGCGGCGGAACUUGGGGCAGAGCUUCUGGGUGAGGCCAUUAUCUUCCUGAUUGGAGGAGGCUGCAUGAUCCUGGAGUACAGCCGCCAGGCUACCAACUCGCGCCGUAAGGAGGACGAGCUUAACGAGACCAUCAGCAGCCUGCAACAACAGGUGGGAGAGCUGGCGCUCACUACAGAGACUCUAGAUGCCCAGCUCCGAGAAGUCAAUAGGCUGCUUUUGUCCCUCCCCGCACCACAACCCCAAAAGUAACUUCACAGCUGGUUCUGGUCAGGUGGCAUUGGGCUGAUGUGGAGUCUGUAUGUGGAGAAAGGAGUGUGCCACAGUACAGUGCAGCACUGCCAUACCGGUAAUCUUGUGCAGGUCAUGCUGCACACAUUCACACCCUGACAACGGUCAGUGCCUACCUCUUGGCUGGAGGCUGGAGCUGAGGGUGACCAGGCCAAUGCUGGGUGUGGAUGGGCUGAUCUAUGCCUGAUAAUGCAGCCUAAUGUAACAGAAUUUGCUGUGAGUUGUUCUAUUUAUUUGGCUGAGUGUACUCUGAGUGUCCAUUCACAGUUCACAAGGGUGAUGUAGUCAACACAGACAAUUUCCAUCUGGAUUUACCUGUAAUUUAAAACAAGACUCGUUGACGCAUAUCAUGCUCAUGUGCAUUUUCAGUGAUCUCUAUGGAAAAUGAAGCAUGUGUAAUUGACAAAAACAUAUGUAUGUAUGUAAAUAUGUUAAUUGCUGUUGUACAAUUAUUAUAAGCAUGGGAGGAGUCCCACCUUGGAACCUAAGGUUGCACUCAACUGUAACUAACAUGGUUUGUAGGCCACACCACAUCCAAACUUGUGUUUGAAAUGUAAAUAUUGAUAAUGGAUUAAAUUACACAAUUUCCCAACAUAAAUGUCCAGUGCUGCCUUCACUGUAUCAAGUGUUGCUUUUGGCUGAGAUGGAUGAAAAAUAUUUUCUCCCAUACAGACUCAUGUUCGAUAUUUCAAAUAAAAAGAAAUGUUAUUAUUUAUUGUUUGGUGCUCAAUACA